AUGAGAUUAUUUCACCAUUUCGGGACAAGCACGUCCCAGACGCUUCUGUUUGUGCCAGAGGUCUGGGACUGUACGCUCCAGCUUUGCUUCCAGUUCGACUUCUUGAUGGACGCCGUUCUAUGUGUCGCAGCAAGACACCUUGCCGUCCUACUGCCGGACGACCCGAUAUUCCCAAAAGCGGCCAACAGUCACCGGUGUCGGGCUGUGUCCCGUUUCUGCGAUCAGCUGUCCAACAACUUCAGUUCCAUUCACAUCGACGCCUUUAUGGCGACCUCGUUUCUGCUUCAGUACGAAGUGUGGACUAAUACCGACUUUUUCUCGCCUCAGGACACCGGGGCGUCGACGUUCAACCCAUCGAAAGACCGCAUCUUUGCAUUAAGCUCGAGCAUGAAGCAAGUCUUCCUCAAGAGCGUCCCGCUCAUUUCUCAUCAGCCGUCGAUAUUCAUCCCGCAUGUCCAGCACAGUCCCGAGGACGUGCUCGUUAGGGCUGCACAGAUCAGCAACAUCACAUUGGCAAAUUAUCAUGACUUUUUCUCCUACCAUCGUCCUCUCAGCACAGAGCUGCUCAACCCUCCUCUUCCGUAUACACGAGAAACAGACUCAGCCAUAUCCAAUGUGCGGCGAUUUCACAUCCACAAGACCAAAGGCGAGACCGAAUCAACGGAAGACAGUUAUGAGACCGUCGUCAGCGCACUAUGUCUCAUUCAGUCCUUCCUUCCCGAAGCACAGCCGUUCACCUCUCUCGACACCGACUCACCCCUAUUACCGGAGUUAGCAAGAUACGUUUUCUCCUUUCCUAUUCAAUGCCGUGGUCAUUUCGCCUCGAUGUUUGAGCGGUGUGAUCCUCACGCUUUGCUCCUGCUCUAUCAUUUCUAUCGCGCCGUGAGGAUAUUGUUCGCUUCAACGAAGUUCUGGUGGGCACAAAAGCGGGCAGCUGCGUCCGAAGCAGCCUUGAAAGAGUGGUUGACUAGGGAAUGUGCUGAGCAGGACCCUGCAGCAUUUUGGAGUGCCUUGCUUUAG